AUGGACGCCCUGCAGAGGAGAGUGAUUCAGGAGGACAUGGUUCAGUACAAACUCUUCUUGGUCAAACCAGAUGAUUUAACUACACAGCAGACAGAGGAGCUUCUUACACAUCUAGUGGAUGAGAUUCUGGCCAAAGUUGCCCCCCUCUUAAUACAGUAUAUUUGGCAACAUCAGCCCUUCAACCUCAAGUAUCAUCCUGAGAAAGGUAUUGGUACAAAUCAGUAUAAAUAUUUGGGAUAUUUAGUCAUACCUGCUGCAUACAUUUAUGUUAUUUUGCAUUUACAGGUGGUGUCCCAGCUCACAUUGGAGGGAGUUCUCAGUUUGGGGACAAUAUAGAGGAUGAGUGGUUUAUUGUGUAUCUCUUAAAGCAAAUCACAGAAGCUUUCCCAGAACUUGCAGCCAGGUGAGACAAACCGGCUUGAGUUUUCAUGCUUUAACACAAAUGGAGAAAAGAAGAAAACCAAGAUUUUAUAGUUACGUUAAAAUGCAAAAGUGUGAUUUGGUUGUUUUACCUGCUUCUGAUUUCUACUUUGUAUAUGAAGGGUUGAGGACAAUGAUGGAGAGUUUCUUCUGAUUGAAGCAGCAGAUUACCUUCCAAAGUGGCUGAAUCCUGACACCAGUGAAAACAGAGUGAGUCUACCACAUGACUAGAUCUAAUAGUAGGUUUACUUUGUUUUUGAAUGUGUUGGUUUAAUGGACUUAUGGAUUUGAUGAGCUUAGGAUAGCAAUGGUCUGCUUCAUUUCUAGACUAAUAUCGUAUUUCUUAAGCCACACUUGGUCUUAGUUCAGUGUUUUUCCAGCUAUAAAAUUGAAACAGUAAUCACAAAAUUAAUCUCUCACUGUUUGCAUAACAUUCAAAAUCUGGGAUAUUAAAAUCCCCUUGUUGAACGGUUGAAUGGUUUCUUCCGGUUAACAUCAGUGAAAAAAUAUCACAAAUCUUUGCUUCGGUGUCAAACAUGAAACCCCACUGGUAUCGCCCUUUUAAAGAUAUUUAAGAAGUUCAUUAAUAUCUUCCUCGUGUCAUUGUCUGUAUUAAUAGUCUUUGUUGCCCUAAUUAUUCUCUCUUUUCAGGUCUUCUUCUUCAGAGGAGAGUUACAUAUUCUCCCAUGUCCCUCCAAAUCCUGUUCAGUAGGCAUCUCAAAAGAUGAGGUACCAAGUGUGACACAAGCUUUAGAACUGCUCUCUAGCCACCCAGAGGUGUGUACUGCAAGCCCCAAGAUUCGUUCAGCCUUGACAAAGCGACUGGAAGGGUGAGGAGCAUCAUAUUGUGGCCCGAGGACCUUUGUUUUGUAGAAAAAUAAGCAAGCGUUUACCCCUACUCACAAAGGGUACUUAAAUUUAGUGACAUCCAUGUCUGGUGCCAUAUGAAAUAAAAAGUAAAAAAAGCUUUAUUGAAUGACUCAGAAUUGGUGCUAGUUUUACACUAGAUGAGAAAAGCAAAAAGUGACGACCCAAAGUUUAGACAGUAACUUGCUAUAAAACUAAAACACAAACACAUAGAAGCACAUUUUCUGUAUGCAAUUGUAUGCAGAGCAUCCUGUGGUAAGCAUUCUUCAUUAUUCCUUUUGUCCAUUUAGGUGCCCAGAGAAGAUUCAAACCAGCCUCCAUCGCGCCCACUGCUUCGUUCCUGCAGGUAUUGUCACGGUGUUAGCUCAGCAUCCUCACCUGGUGGCCCCUGCAGUUUCUGCAUUUUACCUGCGGGAUCCAGUUGAUCUUCAGGCGUGUCGCAGCUUCAAGACCUUUCCUCCUAAUACACGGGUCCUCACCACGGUAAAAACACAGAAAGAUUCAUGGUUGUUGUCACUCAGAGGAUUUACAUAUUGCUCUCAUUUGAUUUCCAUGUGUGUAAGUGUAAUUGCGUUCUGUGUGCUGGUUUUUCAUUCGUAUUGUUUGUCAGCAAACUUAAAAAUCUUGUAUUUAUGCCAUCCAGGUGACAUUCACACGCUGCCUCUACGCUCAACUCCAGCAACAACAGUUCACCCCAGACCGGAGGAGCGGCUUCACCUUACCCCCUCGCUCUCAUCCGCAGUAUAAAGCCCAUGAGCUUGGCAUGAAACUGGUAAGCAAUUAUAUUUUCCUCCUCUUUUAAUUUUCAGUUAAGAUGACUCAAAUAAUGCUUUCUGUGUAUUGCAAAGUGUGUAAAGUCAUCUGCAAUCAGGGUGUUGCAGCUCAGCGCUUAACUUUAAGUCCCCGCCUGUGUGUGUGUUUCGCUUCCAGGCCCAUGGUUUUGAGAUCCUGUGCUCCAAAUGCAGGCUGCCUUCUUCAGAGCCUGAUGCCCCCGUCAGUUGUAACCCACAGUGGAAAAGCUUCAUGGACAGUCUGAAGAGGAACGAGUACUUUAGGGUCAGUAAUACUGUUUGAAUAAUGAGACUCAGAAGAAAGUAAUCCAGUGAAAGUGGAUCCAAAAGCACAUAUUGUUUUCUUCUCAGCUGUAAGAAACUCAAGUUUUUGCUUUGUCUGUUCUCAAAUGCAGGGAGAACUGGAGGGUUCAGCUCAAUACAGAGAGCUCUUCAGAUCUGCAGAAAACUUUUUCAAACAGUCUGUCGCCUCCAAAUCCAGGUGAGGAUGGUGUGGCUGUGCAUGUGUGUCUUUAUAAAUUUAUAUGCCUUUGAAAUUGAAAUGCACCUCUCUGGAUGUACCUAAUGUAUAUUGUAUUUCGUCUCUCAGUGUUUUGUCCCCAGGUGAGGAGGUGCUCCAGCUGCUGCACAGCUGCAAACCAUUUAACUUGGAGGAGCUGAGGAAACAAGAGUCACAGCUCCCCCCAGAGGACAGUAAGUUAAAAUUUGUGAUUUGACAGAGCAACACUAAGAACUUUAAGACUUGGAGAGCGCUUGUACAAAAUUACAACAUAAAUAAAUGAAUAAAUGUAGAUUUAUCUCUGGCAGAUUUUUAUGUGCUCAGAUUUGUUUCAAAAUUAAAUAAGAGGUGUGUCAAAAUGUCUUAAAAAAUACAAAUACAAAAGCCAUUCCUGCAGUAUUGUUUAUCAAAAGUAUAAGCAUUUAUCGAGCAGACUUGCACCAGCAGAAGGUUUUCAGGUAUAAUAUGGAGAUAGUGAAGCUGUUAUGUAGAUUUUGAACCUUUUUCAGUUUACAGUUAUGAAACGUACUAAGUACAUGCACAGUGUGGGGCUGCAUGAAAUUAGAUUUUUACUGAUAUCUGAUAUUCAAAUGAUUUCAUACUCAUUUUAGCCAAUGAUAAUAAUUGAUAUUUUAGGCUUUUAUUAGCCAGUACUGAUAUUAUGCUUAUAAUGUUGAGCUCAGACUGUAAUCCUGUUCAGUUAAAUGUAUGAAUAAAGUUGUUUAAACAGUUACCUUCAAAUAUACUGUUUUUUUAAAGUGAAGUCUGUUUGUGAAGGCUUAUAUUUAGAUUGUUUUCUUACAUAAUCUUUAUUAAGGCUUAUAUGACUAUACAUGAGCUGUAUAGCUAACACUAUUUACAUUUGUGUCUGCCACCUUAAUCUUCUUUUUUGCAGCCACCCCCUUCCAAUGUGUGCUCUUUUGCAUAUCUCAUUCUAUCCCUGCUCUCUCUUUCAACCGUUUUUCCAUAAUGAGUCUCUCUUGUUGUCCGUCUCCAGGUGACAGCUGGCUGGAUAUCACAGCUCAGGACUUGGAGCGCAUACUACAGGACAGGAGUGGGUGGAGAGCUGAUGUUGGCAGCCAAAAGUCCAGCUCCACCAAACAAACACAGCCUGCUGGGGGCACAGAGGAGAGGAGCAAGGAGAAAAAGGACAGCAGGGAGGAGGAGGAGGAAGAGCAGCAAGGUUACAGUCUGGUAGCGGUUAGUCAGGGCAUGAAGAACUUCCUUAACGCCAUGUCAUCGCAUGAAGGAGCUGAGUUGCCCUGGUGAGACUGAUAAACAGAAAAGCAAAGCCACACAUUCAUUUGAGCUGGAUUCAAAGGUUUAAGUUUCUCCUCGCUUUUCUUUGUAUUUUAGGAGCAGUUCGACUCAGCCUUUCAGUUUUGACCCUGACUCCAUGGCUAAUGCACUGGACAGACUGUUAGGUACAUCACUGUAAUGGAAGAUGUGGAAAAUGAACGUUUACCACAUCUCUUUGGUACACUAAAUAUUUUUUUCUUAUUUAUUUGAUAGGAAGCAAAGAAGAUGAGCUAGAUUCAGAUGAUCUAGAUGAAGAUGAUGAUGAUGAGGAGGAGGAGGAAGAAGAAGAACAAGAAGGAGAGAGAGCAAAAGGAUCAUCUUGUGAGGCAGAGAUGGAUGGGACUGAGACUCUGGAUGGUCUCAGAAGAUACAUGGACCAAAUGGACCAGGAGCUGAUGAGCACCAAUAUAGGACAGAGCUUUAAUCAGACGGUAAAAUGUCUUCAUAUCUACAUGUAUUUCCCUCUUUUUAGCCUAAACCUCAAUAUAUAAUUUAACAUGAAUAUAUCUAGAUCUUAAUCUAGAUUAAAAUCUGUUUUUUUCCCUAUAUUUGUCCUCUCUGCAGAGUUACAAUAAGCCAGACCACAACAAUGGCUCCCCACAUCCCUCCACCAAAGACAAUUUGCCGAUGCAAGACGGUUCAGAGGACACAGAGGGGAUCCAACCUCUCGAUGUUGACCUCAAUCUGGUCACUAAUCUGCUGGAGUCUCUCAGCAGUCAGGCCGGACUGGCUGGACCAGCUUCAAACCUGCUGCAGAGUCUUGGACUACACCUCCCACCAAACUCAGAUCCCUCAUGA